AUGGAUCCUUCAAGUGAAGAAACAUUUUUUGUGAGUCCUAAUGUUGAGCCCGAAUCAUCUUCUAUUGACCCCUCCACCCAACCUGAUGCUCUUUCUCCUAGACCACCCCUAGCCAAAACUAGUAGUAGUAGUGGGAGAAUAACAUCAAAGGCUUGGGAUCAUUUUGAAAAGAUUAAGGGCAUUGAUGGGAAAGAUAGGGCUAUGUGCAAGUAUUGUAAGAAAGAAUAUAUGGCCGAUUCUAAGAGUUAUGGAACAAGUAAUUUGUUAAGUCAUUUGAAAAAUUGUACAAAAUAUCCAUAUAGGGAUACUCAUGGGCAACAAUCAUUGGGAUUUAAACCUAGAGAAGUUGGUGGGGAGGGUGUUGUUGAUGUUGUGGCUACGUCAUUUUCUGUAGAAGUUGCUAGAAGGUAUCUUGCGGAGAUGAUAGUAAUUGAUGAAUUGCCCUUUAGAUUUGCGGACGGGGUUGGUUUUAAGAGGUUUUGUAAUGUCAUGCAACCUAAGUUCAAGAUCCCAUCUCGAUAUACCGUUGCCAGGGACAUUCUAGGCAUAUAUACCAAUGAAAGGGAGAAGUUAAAGAAAAUUGUGAAGGGGCGUAGAAUUUGUUUUACCACAGACACAUGGACUUCCAUACAAAAUUUGUGUUAUAUGUGUCUAACUGCACAUUUCAUUGAUGAUGAUUGGAAGUUACAAAAGGGGAUCAUAAAUUUUUGUCACGUUGAAGACCAUAAAGGAGAAACUCUUGGUAAAAAAAUUGAGGCACUCUUAAAAGAGUGGGACAUUGAUGGCCUUUUUACCUUAACUGUUGAUAAUGCGAGUUCCAAUAAUCUAACCAUUAGAUUCUUGAAACGAACCACAAAACUGUGGAAAGGAACUGAUCUUGAGUCUUGUAUAGCGAAUGUGAGGCAUGCAGUGAGGUAUGUGAGGUCUUCUCCAAACCGCCUUGACACUUUUAAAAAGUAUGUGGAAAGUUUGAAAAUUGAAAGUAAGAGUCUCUUAUGCCUAGAUGUGCCAACACGGUGGAGUUCCACAUAUCUUAUAUUGGUGGCGACGGAAAAAUUUGAGAGUGCUUUUCAAAGAAUGGGUGAGGAGGACUACAAUUACAAACACUACUUUUUGGAUAAUGAAGGGGGUGAGAAGAGAGAGAUGCCUACAGCCAAGGAUUGGGAUAAUUGUAGGGCGUUUUUGAAAUUUCUUAGAAUGUUCUACAAUGCCACAAAGAGAUUUUCUGGGUCUUUAUUUGUUACUUCAAACACAUUCUACACUGAAAUUUUUGUCAUUGAAAAUAUGAUUGAACAAUUAAUCAAAGGCAAUGAUCCUAUUUUGUCUUCAAUGGCAAAGAAAAUGAAAGAGAAGUUUGACAAGUAUUUGGGGAAAUGGGGAUAA